AUGGAUCCUCCUUGGGACUAUAUCUGGGAGGAGCAAGGACAAGGACAAAGACAAGGCCAACCAACUCCACAAAUCGAGCCAGACGCAAAGAUCGUGGACGACGACUUUAAUCCUGAGGCAGAACAGAUCUGUAUAGAAGACACCCGGCUUGCACGAUCUCAGACUCUCAGCCUUGACAACUUCCCCACCAAUCUCGGGCACAACCAACCACCAAUCUUCAACUUCAACUUCAACCCUGCAGCAGCCCCGCAAAGCUUCGAGUUUGUUAAUCAGCCAGCAUCAUUUGUGCCUAGUGAGCCUGGCUUGCCGCCUGUGCCACCCCCGCAGAGCCUGAAGCACGGAAGUCCAGGUGCCGGCCUUGUAGCUGGGCUUGUGCGAGGCUUUCCAACUGCUGUCCCUCAUCCGCACGGUUAUUUCGGCGCCUCGGAUCUCGUUCAACCUCCAUCCACUGUUCUUGCUCAACACCUCCUGCCGCUGGAUGCGUCAGCCAUGACCUACAACCAUUCUGGCCAAUUCCCUGGCGCCGAUCUACCUCACUCCGGACUCUACAAGACAGACUCAUUCUCUCCAGAACCUGCGGGCGACAAUGCGACACAAGGAGCUUCCGCUGAAAGUCGGCAGCAGCACCGCCGGGGCUAUCAAGCCUGUCAACGCUGUCGCGAGCGCAAAGUCAAGUGUGAUUUAGGCAGUGUCGAUGCGCCGACCGAUCCUCCCUGCAAGCGUUGUCAGCGUGAGCGACUGCACUGUGAAUUUGCGCCCACACGAAAGAAGCAAAAGAGAUCAGAUGGCACCGCCAGAGAUGUAUCGCAGGACCCUGCCUUGAGCAACAAUGAUACAUCACUCACGGGCAGUGGAUCGUCAAACUAUGGUUUCGGAAAACCAACACAAGCGUCAUCGUCUUCAGCCUCACCAUUGACUGCACCCAACGGAUUCACUGGCCAGACCUGGUCGCAGCAGAACCCGAAACAUUCCGUCACAUCUCAACCUCGUGAUAUGUCGUCGCGCACUCAGAAUCCCCAAAUGCCGCCCCCUGCGCCUGGGCAGAGAAACCCUUUCGAUGUGGAGUUGCAUAGUCAAGUGGCUGUAGCCACGUUAGGCCCACAGGUUUCCAGCACUCAAGACAACAUCAUGCUUCUGGUUGACGCAGCUUAUGCCACCGCCUCUGAAGGUGCGACACCACAUCCUAAAGACAGCCCACACUCUGAGCGUGGUGGAAGAAAGAGAACUCUGUCCAGUCUCGAUCAUGGUGGGCCACCAGUGCCUACGGAUGCUGGUUUCACGCCUCAAGAACAAGCCGAACAACAAGCCGGCCUAAAAGCGUGGUCAGACAUGCGCUUUGUGCGGAACGGUUGGUUCACAGCCUGGGAAGCCAUGCAAUACGUUGAAUACUUCUUUAAACAACUGGCACCCAUGACACCAAUUGUCUUUGAUGAAUACAGAUCCCCUCACAUGCAUCAAGAGCUCCUCGUUGAUGAGCCUAUCUUGGCAUUGGCUAUUCUCGCCAUUGCUUCCCGUCAUAUGCACCUCUCCGGUCAUGCGGCACUGUCUCGGUCAUACCAGAUUCAUGGGAAGCUGUGGAAUAACCUUCGUCGCCAGAUCGAACGACUUCUCUGGGGACAAGAGCAAUUUGGAGGCGGAUUCUGUGGUGGUGGCAAUGCCAACAAGAUUCGCGAAUUGAACACUGGGCAGAUCACCUGGAAAGGAAGUCUUCGCACCCUAGGCACUAUUGAAGCUCUGUUGCUGCUCACUGACUGGCAGCCGCGUGCACUACAUUUUCCGCCAAGUGACGAUGAGGAAGGUCUCCUGGAUCGAAGCAUAGUGAUGUCUUCUGAGGUGGAUGCCAAAGCCCCAGCGCAGAACGGCGAAUCCGCUGCGAGUCGAGACUACGAUAACCUCCCAUACGCGAGCUGGCUCGAACCCGCCUGGCGGUCGGAUAGAAUGUCGUGGAUGCUUCUUGGUCUCGCUCAGAGCCUAGCUUUCGAACUUGGCGUGUUCGAUACCAAUCACUCCAACUGCGGCCACGAGCAUGGACCCAAUUCUGAGUGUGCGCGCAAGCGACGAAUUCGACAUCUGAUUCUCGUCUAUGUCGCGCAGACAAGCGGGCGCAUGGGGGUGCAGUCCUCGCUGAAUGUUGAAGAGUGGGAGAAGGACGCUGCCUGGGAUCAGACAGAGAAUGUCUCGGCCGAACAUCCAGUGGAUAUCAUGCAAGAAUGCUGGGUCCAUAUUGCGCGGAUCAUGAAUCAGGCGAAUCGUGCGAUAUUCUCAUCCCACCAGUUCACCCGAGAUCUGAUCUCCAGUGGCAAGUACAAGGAGUCCAUCGCUACCUUCGCACCACUACUGCAGAAUUGGAAGAUCCACUUCGACAAGGUCAAAGAUGUCAUCCACCCAGUCAUGCAGAGCAUUCUCGUCAUGGAAUACGAGUAUGCCCGGUUGUACAUCAACUCGCUUGGGUUGCAAAAUGUGGUAGAGUCAUGGGUACAAGGAGGGUCUAACAUUCGGAAAGCGACACUGUGGAAGAUCGCUGAGGACAACAAGCUGUACAUCGAUGAAGUCACAGAUGCUGCACUCAACAUUCUUGGUGAAGUGGUCGAUGGCAUUGCCGGCAGAGGGUUCCUGAGAGAUGCGCCUGUUCGAACAUAUCUGCGGAGUCUUUCUGGCAUAAUGUUCACAUUGAAGCGGUUCAGCUUGGGUACUCAUGAGGCAUUGGUCCGGAGAUGCUUGCAACAGCUCGAGAAGAUCACCAUCGCCAUGUCCAAAGAGGUCGUCGAUGAUGUUCAUCUCACCUCCUCGACCUCACGCCUCGUUCAGAACAUUGUGCGCAACGUGAAACAAACAUUGAUUCGGGUGCAACAAGUUGGAAAUGGGUCAGCAGGUCCCAGCCGCGAGCAAUCACGUCCUCAAUCAGUGCACAGCAAUGAUGGACACCCUGAGGCACAGCAGCAACAGGCUCAAGCUGUCAACUUGAACCAGUUUAACGCCGACUUCUACAUGGAUGAUCCUCUUGCAGGGAUUCAAGCGCGACCGAUGGCUGAACUUGCAUCGCAGAUGUUCGUGCCGCCACCCAACUUCAGUGGAGAUGGUCAAAUUCUGGACUCGGCAUUGCCUGAUGAUUCCCAUCUCGAUCCGGCCAUGACGCUGUCGAUGGACUGGUUUGCAUUGCCUUUGGAUAACCUCUUCCACAAUGAUGAAGCCACUGUCGAUCAGGGAUUUGGUGGUCUUGGUCCGACCGUGGGUACUCGAGAUAUGCUGGAAGUCAUCACCAACCGUGACUACAAUCAGAUGCAGUGGAACAGCAACCAGACGUAUGGAUUUGGCAACCUUUGAAGCAAGGAGUGGUUAGUAGAGGGCGACGUGGAGGUGUGAUGAAGAGCGAAGAGGACUUUUUCUUUGCAAAUUUUUCUGUUCGAUUUGGACCAACCUUUUGAUGCAGAUGACCGUCGGCAAUUCCUUCUUUUCAUCUUAUCUCUUAGCCAGGAGUUCGAGUGGCAUUGCAGGCCACGACAGAGAACGCUUUCGCAGAUGAUUGAUGAGUUACGAAUCUCUGCAUAUGGAGACCAUGCAUUCAGAUAUUGGUUGCCAUACAUAGCAUGCACAUAAGUCGAUCAAUAACAAAAUAUGCAUGGACAAAUA